AUGGGGAAGCUCCGGCGGCUUCUCUCCAAAUUCUAUACCAGGCUAUCUUCCAAGUUCACAUCCAAGCCAACUGCGGCCUCACGCGACGCGGCGCCUUCCGGAAUCCCAGUUCAAGCAAUAAGACCUCCACCAACAGUCACCCAAGUCAACGCGCCGCUAGAGAACCUCCCCGCCGAAAUACGCCGCGAGAUUCUCAGUGCCCUCGACUACGAAAGCCUAAGGGCCUUGGUCCAUGCAUCUCCAACCUUUCACCAGCAGUUCCUCCUGGACCGGCGGUCAUUGCUCUGCGGGUGCCUGUGGAAGACGCUGCGUAGCGCCACCGUCGAUGCAUGUGCCGCCUAUCGAUCCGGCCCGGACUCCUCGGCCAGGCGCACCAAGGAGUCAGUCAUCCAAUUCCUGAAGCCGUACCAAGACAAACGCUCUUCGGCAACAUAUUCAAUCGCGGACGAGGCACUCACCGACGACGAUGCCGUGGCCAUGGUUGCGUUCCACUUCACCGUUAUCGAACCCCUCUCGAGACGCUUUAUCAGCUGGGUGCUACUCCGACUCCAUCUCGCUCCCCCUUAA